AGAAUAUCAAACACAAUUUCUCAAAUAUGGCGGCGGGCAGAAGCGAAAUAACGCCCAUGAACAUCUACAGAAAAGGAAUUAACAACAGGAUGGCCUUUCGCUGUUUUUUUAGGACAGUUUGUCUAUUUUGGCUACUUCAAUUUGCAACAGUCCGUUCAGAUAUCACAGACGGUAAUACUGAACAUCUUAAACGGGAACAUUCACUUGUGAAACCUUAUCAGGGAGUCGGGACGAGCCCAUCCAGCCAGUGGGACUUCUCGGGAAGCACCCUAGUGACCAGUCAGUAUGUGCGCCUUACUCCCGAUGAUCGCAGCAAGGAAGGCUCCAUCUGGAACACCGUGCCCUGCUUCCUGAAGGACUGGGAGAUGCACGUGCAAUUCAAAGUCCAUGGGUCGGGGAAGAAGAAUCUUCACGGAGAUGGAAUUGGUAUAUGGUAUACCAAGGAGAGGUUGCACCCUGGUCCAACCUUUGGAAAUCAGGAUCAUUUUGUCGGCUUGGCAAUUUUUGUGGAUACCUUCCGCAAUGACCUACACGGCAUGGAUGUAAGUGUGGAUCGUUCGUUUCCUUUCAUUUCUGCCAUGGUGAGCAACGGCACGGUGCCUUACGACCACGGCAAAGAUGGCCGAUCCUCAGAGCUGGGAGGAUGCUCUGCCGAAAUCCGCAACAAGGACCAUGACACCUAUCUGGCCAUCCGCUACUCCAGAGGAAGGCUGACGGUGAUGGUGGAUGUUGACGACAAGAACGAGUGGAAGGAGUGCAUUGACAUUGGAGGGGUGCGUCUGCCUACAGGGUAUUACUUCGGAGCCUCAGCAGCCACAGGAGAUCUCUCUGAUAAUCAUGACAUCAUCUCGAUGAAGAUGUACCAGCUGAUGGUGGAGCACACAGAAGAGGAGGAGAAUCUGGACUGGACGAAGAUCGAGCCUAGUGUCAGCCUACUCAAAUCCCCGAAAGACAACAUUGACGACCCGACGGGUAACUUCCGCGGCACUCCUCUGACGGGAUGGAAGGUGUUCCUGCUGCUGCUGUGUGCCCUGUUGGGCAUCGUGGUGUGUGCCGUGGUGGGCGCCGUGGUCUUCCAGAAACGGCAGGAGAGGAACAAGCGGUUCUACUGAGGUUCUACUGAGGCACACAGACUCUGGGCCCCGCCCCGCUCCGGCCAGGACAACAAUGUGAAUUUUUUAAAAGACUCCAAGAGAUACACAAACAGCGGUUUGUCUUUGUUUGUUACAGUGAGCUGGAGGAAAACACCAAGGAGAUGCUAAGAAUCUUCCAGAAGGUUUGCUAAAUGGUUUGAAUGAUAUUUUUCCACCGAAAAAAGUAACCUGAUUGGUAGGAAACGUUUUUUUUUUUGGCUUUGAAGUGAAUCAGGUGACAUGUGAUCAGAACAUGUAUGCAGACUAACCCACGUUGUCUGUGAAUCAAGUUGAUUUCUGUGUUUUCUUUUGGUUUGUUUUGCUUCCAGUUUGAUCUUUGUACCCAUGCAUUCCCUCCCUGGGCUAGUUUACAUUUGAGUGAGAUGUGAUUUGCUUUUUAUUAUUUUUUCUUUCUUUCUUAAACGCACUGUUCGAUUCCCACUCUUUCUCUGUGUUUUCAGUGGGAUGCUGGGGCCUUUCUUUUGGGGCGUAGCUUCUGUGAUUGAUUGCCUUAUUGUCCUGGCUUUCUUUGAUCAGACAUUGAAGAGUGACUUUGUGUGUGUGUGUGCGCGUGUGUGUGUGUGCGUGUGUGUGUGUGUGUGU